CGGAGCGCGCAGCGCGGGCCGGAGGGAGGGAGGGAGGGCGGGCGAGAGGCAAGGACCCGACACUCGGCACCCGGCACCCGGCAGCGGACAGGCCGGACCGAGGGCCCACCGCAGAAGGCAGAGCUGCCGAGAUCUUAGUAGGGAAGGGCGACCUCUCCGGGCCCCGCGGGGCCGCGCACUGGGCGUCCUCCACCGCGCGCCCGCUCCCUCCAUCCACCUGCCGCCGGGGACCCGGCCGUCGGCGCGCGCAUCCCCAGGCUCGGGUCCGUUCCCGGCCCUCGAGGGCGCCGCCGCCUCCAUCUCCGCCUCUGCAGCGUCCGCAGCCGCAGACGCCCGGGCGGGACCCCGGCGUGAGCACCGGGCGCCCCCCCAGGAGUGCACGACCCCCGGAGCCGCCCUCGAUACGGACCGCGCCCACCGGGCACACAAGAAUGGUCACUCAGAUACUGGGGGCCAUGGAGUCUCAGGUUGGGGGGGGGCCGGCUGGCCCGGCCCUGCCCAACGGGCCACUCCUUGGGACAAACGGAGCCACUGACGACAGCAAGACCAACCUCAUCGUCAACUACCUACCCCAGAACAUGACCCAGGAUGAGUUCAAGAGUCUCUUCGGCAGCAUCGGGGACAUCGAAUCCUGCAAGUUGGUCCGGGACAAGAUCACAGGGCAGAGCCUGGGGUACGGGUUUGUGAACUAUUCUGACCCCAAUGAUGCGGACAAAGCCAUCAACACCCUCAACGGCCUCAAACUGCAGACAAAGACCAUCAAGGUGUCCUAUGCGCGCCCCAGUUCCGCCUCUAUCCGGGAUGCUAACCUGUACGUCAGCGGCCUCCCCAAGACCAUGAGCCAGAAGGAGAUGGAACAACUCUUCUCCCAGUAUGGUCGGAUCAUCACUUCCAGAAUCCUGCUGGACCAGGCCACAGGUGUCUCUCGGGGUGUGGGAUUCAUCCGCUUUGACAAGAGGAUCGAGGCGGAGGAAGCCAUCAAGGGACUGAAUGGACAGAAACCACUGGGCGCAGCCGAGCCAAUCACCGUCAAGUUCGCCAACAACCCGAGUCAGAAGACGGGACAGGCCCUGCUCACCCACCUGUACCAGUCCUCUGCCCGGCGCUACGCGGGGCCCCUGCAUCAUCAGACACAGCGCUUCCGGCUGGACAAUUUGCUCAACAUGGCCUAUGGAGUCAAAAGUCCCCUGUCGCUCAUCGCCAGGUUUUCCCCAAUCGCCAUCGACGGCAUGAGCGGCCUGGCCGGUGUGGGCUUGUCUGGAGGCGCUGCGGGUGCCGGCUGGUGCAUCUUCGUGUACAACCUGUCCCCGGAAGCCGAUGAGAGUGUGCUGUGGCAGCUUUUCGGACCCUUUGGGGCAGUCACCAAUGUCAAGGUCAUCCGAGAUUUCACCACCAACAAGUGCAAGGGCUUCGGCUUUGUCACUAUGACCAACUACGAUGAGGCAGCCAUGGCCAUCGCCAGCCUGAACGGCUACCGCCUGGGUGAGCGCGUGCUGCAGGUGUCCUUCAAGACCAGCAAGCAACAUAAGGCCUGAGAGGUCGCCGCCCUCCCUCCCCGGGCAGCAGAGAGAGAGAGAGAGAGGGAAAGAGAGAGAGAGAGGGAGAGAGAGAGAGAGCACGUGAUUGAAGAGCAGGCAGACCCACACACCUGCAAAUACACCACAGGGUGAGCAUCGGGAUGGGGAGGGUCUGCAGGGAUGAGGGGGAGGGACCCCCACCCUGUCCUCCCUGCUUUCCCCACCCAGGGGCCUGUUCACUCUCUCGUCUUGGUUUGGUUCAUGGUGAUGGCUUUUGUUUCUUUUUUUGGCUAAAAAUAAAAAGAAGAAAGCAGAGAGGAGACCCCCCAUCCCACCUCCCCCUCACCACCCUGCAUGGGUUGGCUCAGGGGACACAGCAGUGCCCCAUCCAGGCCUCCCUAGCCCAGGCCUGUCCUAUACCGCAAGAAAGGGGAGGGAGCAGGUUUAAAAAUCCCCAAAACAGCAAAAAAAAAACAUGAAAGAGGGGUGUGGGCAUCCCCAUCCCCCGCCCCAGUCCCCUGGGCAGAAAACAGGGAGCAGGGUUGGGGCAGGGCAGGAAGCAGAAACAAAAUGAAAAAAAAAAGGGGGUGGGGUGGGGUGGGAGGGGAAGAAAAUCUCUAUUUUUGUAAAAAGGGAAAAAGACCUCGUGGAGAAUUUUUACUGGGGAUUCUUGAACUUGAAAAAAAAAAUCACAAAAAAAAAGACAAAAAAAAAAAAAAGAAACUAUUUUGGCAAGUUAUGUUUACCAACUAACUGGGGCAGAGGGCACAGGGAGCAGGGCUGAGGGGUUGGAAGUCCACAGGGCCGCCAGUAUACACACACACACACACACACACACACACACACACACACACACACAGAGCCACAAGAAGCCAGGAGGGACAUACACUUGGACCUUGGAAACACAUACACAACACAUACAGAAACAUUUCAGGAUACAUUGAGGAAGGCUGACCAAACCCACACCAGAGGACGGAGACACACAGACCUUGGGGCUGCAUCGACACAGCAUUGGCUGCUUGUCUACAAAACCACGUGAUGUGUGCAAGCCACUGUGACAGAUCCAUUGGGAUGUAGGAAUCGGACACAAGUUUCCAAAGAGAGCCUGGGAUGUCACUGGGUUGGCGGAGUGCUUGUACAGUGUCCACGAAGCCUGGGUUCAUCCCCAGCAAUGCAUAAACCUGGUGUGGGGUGUACAGUCCUCACUCAUCCUAGCACUUGAGAGGCAGAGGCAGAAGAACAGGUCAAGACUAGCCUUGGCUACAUAGUGAGUAUGAGGUCAGCCUGGGCUACAUAAGACCCUGUCUCAAAACACAAAAACAAAAACCAAUAGGUCACCUAGAAACAUACAACACCUAGGGACAUACACCCAUGUUCACAGCAUCCUACAGGCCCAGACAAGACGUUCCCACUGGAGACCCUGAUCCAGGUACUUCCUCUAGCCAGGCUGACCAGCCGCUUCUCCCUGGGCCCCAGUAAGCCCCAGCCCCAGGUUCUCUGCACAGACUCCUUAGCCCACCAGGGGCCUCCUGCUGCCCACCACACAGGCGUACACACAUGGCGUCCAUGCAUCCAAACACACAAUACCUCGUUCCACUUUGGCAUCACCGUGGGCUGGAGGGGGCUCCCCACAACACUGAGGCCAAAGGACCCCGUGCCCCUGGGGCUCAGCCUCCCUGGGUCCAGGGGGAGGUCUGCAGUCUCCUCCCUCAUCUAGGGCCAGCGUGCUCCCCACCGCAGCAAGCACCCAGCACCCCCCCCCCAGAUGCAGGGGUGGAUGGGCCCAAGGUGUCCCCCACAUUCCUUCCCACCCACGUGUCGCCCUCUUUUGAUUGUUGGGUUUUUCGUCUUUCCGGACUGUGGGGAACCAUGGAUGUAGCCUUCAUGAGCCCCAGCCCUGGCUUCUGACUGGAUUUUGCAUCCAUAACUCCACACUUUGACUUUUUAUUCUUUUAUGCAAGUUCCAACAGAAGCCACAGGCUGGAGCCCCUGGGAGCCCCAAACCCUUCAACCCACCCCUCAGUGGGCCCAGUCACACCCGAGAGUCGUGAAGCCCCGCCCACUGGUUCUGGUUGCUUUCUUCCGGUGUCCUCUGCGUUUGGUGUCUGGCCACGGUCCCAUUUGAGCGUCCAACUCUCUCUCCCCACCCCUCCUGGUGUUGUUCUUAACCGUCUGUGGAGUUUCUGCUGCAAGGAACAAAAAGAAAAAAAAAAUUAAAAAAAGACCAAAAAAUAAAAAACGAAAAAAAAAAAAAAGAAAAGAAAGAAAACUCAGAAGAUGAAAUAUAGCAACAGGAAAGAAAGAAAAAAAAAGACAAAAACACACACAAAGACGAUUUAAAAACAAAAAAAGGAAAAAAAAAAGAUAAACUGUCACCAGUUAACUUUCUUGUACUUUUUUGCUGAAUUUAGCUUCAUGUAGUUUUAACUUAUUGCUAUGUUAACUAUUUAUUAUCCUUGUUGGCCUGUUAAGGACCUUUGUGUAUAUUUCUGUUCUCAUUGCUUUGCAAGGUGAAGGAAGGGGUCCCUUUUCUUUCAGUUUUGCUGAGAUGUGGUUAUGCCUAAUUUAUUUAUAAAAAGGGGAAGUGGAGUCAUUAAAGUAAUAAUUAUUAAUAACAGUAAUGGUAGCGGAGUGCCCCCCGGGGGUGCCGUGGGCUCCGAGGGCUGGGGUCCCCACAGCUGUCGGUGCCCAGGGUCUCUCAACGGGAUUGUUUUGCUAUUGUCUUGAGAAGUUUUUUGUCUAUUUAGCUGGUGAACUCUAGCUUGCUCACGAUACACCAAACCUAUUUAUUCUGGUGGUUUCUAAGUCUGCCCUAACCCCCCUCCCAGCAGGACAGGGACUCCCCGCCUUCAGGAGGGUCCGACCCCUUCUUUCCCUGCUGUUUCUGGGGUCUCCCCCUGCCCUCCGCACAUGCUGGAGGCAUCCGAGCAAUAAGGGCUGGGUUUGUCCCCCACCCUGGGGGGAGGGCGGGCUCUGAAGAGGGGGCUCCUCCCCCCACCCCCUCCCACCAAGGCCUAGGUCCCUGCUGCCCCCAAGACUGGGAGGAGGGGACUUUUUUCUAAGACACAAGCUUAGCCCAGCCAGGCCCCCUCCCUGGAGGCCAGUCCCCCAAGAGGGCCAGGCCAAGGGCUCCCAGGGAGAGGGGCCCUUGGGUCUUCCAAAGUCCCUGGGGGCCAGGGGCAGGGCCAGUAGGGAGGGGGCUCAGCCCCUCCAACCCUCCCUUCAUCCUGUUUAUUGGGAAAGUUUCAAACCAUGACAGAGUCCAUGUUGGAGGUGAUAAAAAGAACUGUAGAAAAAAACAAAAAAACCAAACCUCAACCCAAACCCACGAACACUUCAAGUUGCGUUUAGACUAUUUAUUACUGAGAUUCCAGGCCUGGCCGCGGUAACUGACUUUUACAUGGAAUUGUUUAAUUAUUUGUACUUUUCAUGCCAGAAAAUAAAAAGUUCAGAAUCUUAA